CUGGGCUGUAGCGGGCAGGGCGGUGGCGGCGGCAGCUUCCGGAGUGGAGCUGAAGGUAGCGCUGCCGGUGCCCAGCCAUGAUGCCCUUUGGUGGGAUGGCUGCCCGUCUGCAGAGGGACCGCCUGAGAGCCGAGGGGGUCGGCCAACACAACAACGCCAUCAAGUACCUCAACCAGGACUAUGAGGCCCUCAAACAGGAGUGCAUUGAGAGCGGCACCCUCUUUAGGGACCCCCAGUUUCCAGCCGGCCCCUCUGCUCUCGGAUUCAAGGAGCUGGGCCCACACUCCAGCAAGACGCGGGGAGUGGAGUGGAAGCGUCCGUCGGAAUUAGUGGAGGACCCUCAGUUCAUCGUUGGUGGUGCAACCCGGACGGACAUCUGCCAGGGGGCUCUGGGUGACUGCUGGCUGCUGGCUGCCAUCGGCUCCCUCACACUCAAUGAGGAGCUCCUGCACCGCGUGGUGCCCCAUGGGCAGAGCUUCCAGGAGGACUAUGCUGGCAUCUUCCACUUCCAGAUCUGGCAGUUCGGUGAGUGGGUGGACGUGGUGGUGGACGACCAGCUGCCCACCAAGGAUGGGGAGCUCCUGUUUGUGCACUCAGCAGAGUGCACUGAGUUCUGGAGUGCUCUGCUGGAGAAGGCCUAUGCCAAGCUGAACGGCUGCUACGAGUCGCUCUCAGGGGGCAGCACCACCGAGGGCUUCGAGGACUUCACCGGCGGCGUGGCAGAGAUGUACGACCUCAAGCGGCCGCCACGCAACAUGGGCCACAUCAUCCGCAAGGCGCUGGAGAGGGGGUCCCUGCUGGGCUGCUCCAUCGAUAUCACAAGUGCCUUUGAUAUGGAAGCGGUGACCUUCAAGAAGCUGGUGAAGGGCCACGCCUAUUCUGUCACAGCUUUCAGAGACGUGAACUACCGGGGUCAGCAGGAACAGCUUAUCCGCAUCAGAAACCCCUGGGGUCAGGUGGAGUGGACUGGAGCCUGGAGCGAUGGCUCCUCCGAGUGGGAGAACAUUGACCCUGGUGACAGGGAAGAGCUGCAGCUGAAGAUGGAAGAUGGAGAGUUCUGGAUGUCUUUCCGGGACUUCAUGAGGGAGUUCUCCAGGCUGGAGAUCUGCAACCUGACCCCUGAUGCCCUCACCAAGGAUGAGCUCAGCAGGUGGCAUACGCAGGUGUUCGAGGGCACGUGGCGCCGGGGGAGCACUGCCGGGGGCUGCAGAAAUCACCCAGCCACAUUCUGGAUCAAUCCACAGUUUAAGAUCAAGCUGCUGGAAGAGGACGAUGACCCCGGGGACGAUGAGGUGGCCUGCAGCUUCCUGGUGGCUCUGAUGCAGAAGCAUCGGCGGCGGGAGCGGCGGGUGGGGGGCGACAUGCACACCAUCGGCUUCGCUGUCUACGAGGUUCCUGAGGAGGCCCAGGGCAGCCAGAACGUGCACUUGAAGAAGGACUUCUUCCUGCGAAACCAGUCCCGGGCACGGUCCGAGACCUUCAUCAACCUGCGGGAGGUGAGCAACCAGAUCCGGCUGCCCCCCGGUGAGUACAUCGUUGUGCCCUCCACCUUCGAGCCGCACAAGGAGGCCGACUUCGUCCUGCGGGUCUUCACCGAGAAGCAGUCGGACACAGCAGAGCUGGACGAGGAGAUCUCAGCAGAUCUGGCAGAUGAGGAGGAAAUAACUGAGGAUGACAUAGAGGACGGCUUCAAGAACAUGUUCCAGCAGCUGGCAGGGGAGGACAUGGAAAUCAGCGUCUUCGAGCUCCGGACUAUUCUGAACAGAGUCAUCGCUAGGCACAAAGAUCUGAAGACAGAUGGGUUCAGCCUGGACUCCUGCCGCAACAUGGUCAACCUGAUGGAUAAAGAUGGCAGUGCCCGCCUUGGGCUGGUGGAGUUCCAGAUCCUGUGGAACAAGAUCCGCAGCUGGCUGACGAUCUUCCGCCAGCAUGACCUGGAUAAGUCGGGCACCAUGAGCUCCUAUGAGAUGCGCAUGGCUUUAGAGUCAGCCGGUUUCAAGCUGAACAACAAGCUGCAUCAGGUGGUGGUGGCCCGCUAUGCAGAUGCUGACAUGGGUGUGGACUUUGACAACUUUGUCUGCUGCCUUGUAAAGCUGGAGGCCAUGUUCAGGUUCUUCCACAGCAUGGACCCCGAAGGCACUGGCACCGCCGUCAUGAACCUCUCUGAGUGGCUGCUGCUGACGAUGUGCGGCUAGGAGCCAUGACAGAUCUGCUGUGGCUGGGACACCCCGGCAGGCCAGGCCCUUGGAUCUGUGGACACAGGAUACUCUUCCCCCCUUGCUCCAUCCCACGCUGAGCCACCAGCCCUGCCUCCCAGCAAGCCUCAUGCCACCAUCUCCGGUGGACCAGGGGUCAAGGCAGGCAGGGGGUGCCCUUCUCCUCUUCUGGGCUGGCCUUCUUUCCACUCCCACCCCUCCUCUCUCCCACCCCCGAACAGGAGGAGGGCAAGCAGCAUGGGGUACCUGUGCAACCCUGCACUGAGCUUGGUGGGAGUGAAGGAACAGGCUGGGGGCUGGCUGCAGAGCAGAGAGAGGCAGGAGUUGCAGGGGAAAGAGAGGGGGGACUCAUAUCGCUUGCUCUAGUGUUGUCCUAUCCCUGCUGGCAUGCAUUGCCUAUCUCUGCACAGGCCUGGGAGCAUCAGCAGGUACUGCCUUGCUCAGGCAGAUGCAGUGGGUUCCCAGGGAGCCGGAGCAGCCUUCUGGGAGGAGGAAGGGCCAUACUCUUCUUCUUGAAGCCCUUGCACUGCACUCAUCACCACUAAGCAUGACCAAAGUAUGGAGCCACUGGCUCUUUCUAGGUGGCCUUCAACACAUCCCUGCAACUUAAGCACUGAAUGUUUGGGGGCUCCCCCACCACAUGAACACGUGCCACCCUGUAGUGCAGCAGAAGCUCUUUUCUUCUGUGUGGGAACAGCACUGCCACCACCAUCACAACGGCUUGGCUUCCCCUCCCAUCCCUGGGAGCUCCUCCACUGCCCCUGCUUAUGGCCCACAGCAGGGCUUGGAGGGGCCAGCACCUAAAAGGCAAUGCCUUCCCCCAGAGAGGAGGGGGGGGGUGGUUUGGGGGGGUGUUCUGCACACAGUUGUGAGGGUUUUCCCCCUUUCCUUCACCCUCCCACACUGCUACACUCUCCUCUUCCCUUAGGCUCCUUUGCCCAGUGCGGAUGGGCUCCAGUGCCAACAUAUUUGCACUUUGUGCUCCUCCACUCCCCUCACCUUCUUCUGGGGUAACGGGGUGGCUCCAGCUUGGUGGUGGGUGACAGCCCGUCCUUUGCCCUGUAGAUGCAGGCAGGCAGUUAGCUUCCCCCAGACCCCUGUCAUCGCUGGAGGAUGCACCUGCAGCAAUAACCACUGCUGCCCGCCUGGCAGCUCUGCUUCCUCACCCCACUCACUGCGCACUCCAGGAAUAAAUCCAGAUCUGUUGGA